UUUAGUUUUGUGUCAUGUCUGUGAUCUGCUUUUUUUCUACAAAAUUAAACAACUGAAUGAACAUCCUCCGAGGCCGGUGAUUCCAUAAUUUUUGCCAGGGGUUGUAGUAGAAUUUAUUACCCAAAAACAGAGACAUUCAAAUACAUUCCAUCUUAAAAUUUUAACAGGAAAAACAGCAGAAUGUGGAUUUUAUGGUAUAGUACAGGAACAAAUUUAAAAUCUUUGAAGAUGACAGUGAUGAUUUUGCAUAGGGACAAAGCUCAUAAAAUUGGUUUAGAAUGUGUGUCGGCUGCAGCCUUUAAAAAUGGACAUUUAAAAACUUGAUUGAAAGAAAAGAAGCGUUUUCAGGUCUAAGAAAUGCACCUGUUUAUGUUGCUUUAAAUGGAAAAGAGCUGAUGCUCACAGCACCACCUUGCUGCGGAGAGAUGUAAUUCCUACACUACCAUCUCUGCCACAUGUGGAGUGGGUGUGUCACCCCACACACUGAUAAUAACAACAUUAAAGCAGAAUUACACACACAAUGUUAUGUAUCAAAUGAGUGUUUUCAGGCCUAAAUUUUGUUUUGGGCAGAAUUUUCUCCAUGCACACAAUUUACAUCCAAACUGGACUUAACUUCCUGUGAAACAUCACUGGUUGUGUAGGCAGUUUUCUCAAGCAUCAUUUAUUUUAAAUGGUUCUUUUUUUUUUUUUGCUACCUUUCAUUGUUGCAUAUAGUUCUUGAUGUAUUUUUAGGCAUAUUCCAAGCUGCACUGUUAGAAAUUUAGGCCUGAAAGCUUAAGACUUGUGAUGUCAGAGCAGGUUGCUGAGGGGAUAAAGAGUUGUCUGUCCUUGGACAAGACCCUUGCCAUCUUUGUCCACCCAGUUGUGAAUGGCUACUGGCCUUGGCUGGGGUAGUAACCGGCAUUGUCCUGGUAUCCUGUCCAGGGGGAGUCAGGCUCUUGGAUGCUUGGAGUGACAGAAUCUGGAAAUCUGCAACAACAGGUCUCCAAAGGAUGUCGCAGAAGUCUUAUGAAUUCGCAGAAUUCUUCUGAAGCAUGUUGUCUAUGCUGGUUGUGAGAGAUGGACAUAUGUUUUGUUUUUCUGGUGCAGCAAGCAGCAGUUCUCUGUUUAAAGUGACAGGCAGAGAAACUGGUCUCAUCAAACAUCUGUAUAAAAAAAAAAAAUGGGUGGGCAAGAACCACAUGAUUUAGCCCCAACCAAGCUUGAAUAACCAGUGAACAGCAGCUGCUGAUGUAAUAAAGCCCCAUUAAACACGUGAUGUUUUCGUUUUGAUACAGACUCUCGAACAAUGUUUUAAAAGGUUUUCAACAGGUUUAGAUAUACUGUGGAACAGUAGUUCAGAUUUGCAGUAUUGACAAAAAAAAAAAAAACCCUCUUGUAUCACUGUCAUCCACAUGCAUUCUAUUCAUUGUUCAGUUUUAUUUUCCCCAUUCUGUAGUUAUUUGGUCCAUAAAGUCAAUUUUUCAGAGCCUAAAAUGAUGCCUUCACAGGGCUGGUUUUACUCACCCACUGUUGCAGAAUUACAACAAUUUUUAUCCCCCAAAAAAAACUUUUUGGGGGGGGGUAGUUAAACCACAUUAACAUACUCAUUUGGUCCUGUUGUUCAGCCUCAGAAUGGUCAUACAUUUGUAUAUAAGGCCUGCCCUGGGGUUCAGAAGUCACAGAACCUCCAGAUUUUUGAGACACCAUCAUCCCCUCAAUUCAUUGGAUUGGAUUAAUCUGAUUAAAUUUAUCUAGAAUCUGCAGGUGGUACCCAAAGAGCACAAUUCUGUGGAUGAGAUGAUGAUUCCUUUCAAGGAGAAGUUCUGCAGCAUCAAGCAGUAUAUGCGAUGCAUGCCACAGCCAUGGGGGUUCAAAGUGUGGGUGAGAGCUGGAAUCUCUGGCAUGAUGCUUGACUUUGUUUACCAAAGGAGCGUGAACACUGGAGUACGAGUCAAAUCUGAACUUGGAUUGUCAGGUGAUGUUGUGAUGAGGCUUGUCUCCAUACUUCCAAAGGGUCAGAACUACAAGGUCUAUGCAGACAACUACUUCACCUCUGUUCCAUUGGUAGUGAAGCUCCUUGAGCAAGAAAUCCAUUAUGCAGGAACAGCCAGGCAGGUUCGCCUUCCCAACUGCAACCUUGAUGAAAAGAUCUUGAAGAAGGGUAGAGGAAGCUUUGACUACAGAGUGGAGGGGAAACACAUCUGUGCUGUCAAAUGGCAUGACAACAGAGCCGUCACACUUGUGUCAUCCUUCGCUGAACCAGAACCUGUGCAGAAGAUUCAACGCUGGAACAAAGCCACCAAAACCUACACUGACGUUGAACGGCCUUACAUUGUGGGUACCUACAACAAAUACAUGGGAGGCCUGGAUUUGUUGGACUCAUUCACAGCAAAAUACAAGUUUGCCCUGAAAUCCCAGCGCUGGUACACGUAUAUCUUCUGGCACACCAUCACCCUUGCUGUGGUCAACGCCUGGCUCCUUUACAAGCAGCACUACCAAUCUCCUAAGGUGCCAAACAAGGAGAUAAUGAACAUGAGAAAGUUCCAGGCUCCACACUAUCUGUCAUUUUGGUGGAUAUAACACCAAAAACUUCAAAGACAGGACGACCAUCUUCAGCCAACAGGAGCCCAGGUGCAGCAGGGAGUCCUUUGAAUGCUGGGAAGAGACCUUCCCCAGGUGAUGGGAGUCCAAACGGUCCCUCUUUACAGAAAGCAUGUGUGCAAGGACCAAACUGGACAUUUCCCCAUGAAUAUGAAGAGAGGACACUGCAGACAUUGCAGUAAAGGGUAUAACACCCAGUGUGCCAAGUGUGAUGUUCGCCUGUUUUUCAGAGGACAAGAACUGUUUUUGGGAAUAUCACUGUAAAUAAAUAGCAAAGUUCUUGUCUUGCAAUAACUGACUGUUCACAACAUGACAUUAUUUUUCAUGUUAUACUGUUCUAUACAAAAGCAAAACCCUGCAAAUAAAUCCUUAGUUCUGUACUGUUGAUAGACAAUGACCACAAAUACAGGAGAUUCUGCUCCCCUUAGAGCCCAAAGUUGCAAUAUUACAUUUCUGUAAAAACCUACAAAAACAUUUAAAAAAAAAAAAAAAACUAAUUUUCUCCCUCAAAGGCCUCCUACAAUAACGUCUUAACGACUGAAAUUUUUUUUGUUUUUCUAUAUGUGGGUUUUACAGGGUUAAAUAUUUA